AGCUGACUGUGUUGUGGUGUUAUUGAAGAGUACGCGACUGAAUGAUUGGAAACGUUUUUCGAUUAUUUCAAGUUACUGCUAAAUUUCUCUAAUUCCAGCGAUGUUGCGGCCGAAAGCGUUGACCCAAGUUCUUAGUCAGGCAAACACGAACGGCGUACAAAGCACAUUAUUAUUAAACAACGAAGGGUCUCUUUUAGCUUACUCUGGUUAUGGCGACACUGACGCGCGAGUGACAGCAGCAAUCGCAAGCAACAUCUGGGCGGCCUAUGACAAGAACGGUCAUCAAGCGUUCAACGAAGACAAAUUGAAAUUCAUUUUAAUGGAUUGCAUGGAAGGCAGAGUGGCCAUCACACGGGUAGCUAACCUACUACUGUGCAUGUAUGCCAAGGAGACUGUGGGCUUCGGAAUGCUAAAAGCCAAGGCUGAAGCGCUAGUACUGUAUCUGGAGGAGCCUUUAACACAAGUUGCUGCGUCGUAGAAGAUAUUGACUGGAGAGCUGCUUUUUCAGUUGUGUCCCACGGAAGAUGGAGCGUUGGGUGAAUAGGCAAAGCAGUGAAUACACGAUAACUUGUUGUGUAUUAUGUAAUGGCUUCACCUGGUCUUUAUGAACCACCCCAGUAUGUAUGAACUGGAUAUUAAUCGUCUGAUUACUCAGCAUGCUCUAACUAGACCCAUGGGUUUUUAGUCAGUUGGUGUUUUUUGGCAUUCAAUAUGAUGUCAAAAGUCAAGCAGAAACGUUAUGUAGAGCUGGCUCUGUAAGUCUUCAAUGCUUUCUGAUGCCUCCUUUCACAAUUGCUAAGAACGCUCAUCCUUUUACUUUAAGGCCCUCAAUGUCACAAUCUAACAAUGUCUGUUGCAACCAACUUUAUGAUAUGCUUUAGUAAGUAUCCUGUCUUUGUUUUUUCAAUUGAUGUUAAAUCAAGAUGGAUGAAUUUUUUUAUUUUGACCUCUUCACCAAACUUUGAAAUAAACUGCUUUGUGUUUGUAU